AUGUUGAUGUUGUUGUUGAAGAUUGAAGCUGAGAUUGAAAUGUUGCACUGCUUAUAUACGACGAUCAGAUCAUACGAUUAUACUACGUUCCUUAAACAUACAGAACUUUCUUCUCCUCCCAUCGACCUAGAUCUGAAUUCUCCUCGGACUGCAAUAUACAUCAGAUCAAGUGAACGGUCAACAAUCAUGUGCAUUCCACUCAUAUUCGGGUUCCCAACGAAAUUCAAGCAAGAUGCCUCUGAACCAGGUAGAAUGUGUCCAAGGUGUAACAACGCUGCUGUCGUCGGAGGAAGCUCAAGGACAUGGUUCGAGUUUUUUUGGAUCCCUUUAAUACCCUUCACCAAAUCUAGGAUAUGGAUAUGUACUAUAUGUCAAUGGGAGAUGAAACAAGGCGACGGACCUGAUCCUCAACCUCCUUCUCAGAAUAGAUGGGGUGGUGGGUAUAGACCACCUCCUCCGCCUCAGCAAUCCCAUCAGCCGGGAUAUGGUCAACAGCAGGUAUAG